AUGCCUAUAAAGCGCAGGCGCAGUGAAGUCGAAAUCGAUGCCUCAAGUCCGUCAGCACCGGCGAAGAAACCCCGCCUGAUCGAUACGGGCGCAUCCCGCGAUCACUUGUCGCCACUCCCGAGCGAGCUCCUCGUGCGAAUACUGACGCAUCUGUCCCUGCCACAACUGCUGAACGUCGCGCCUGUAUCGCGACGCUUUCAAAGAAUAUCCGAAGACUCACAGAUAUGGAAACGGCUGUACUAUUCCCGUUUCGUUCUGCCGCGCGCAUUGCGCAUCCCUGGCUUUCGCGACGGGUCGGCGAGAGAGGGAAAGCUACACUACUCGUCCCGGCGCGCAGUGUGGGCUGAUGGCAGGAGGGGAGGCUGGGUAGACAUGCGCAGCGAUGAUCGAGACAAACCGUCACGAGACUGGAAGAAGCAGUAUAAGCUCAGACAUAACUGGUCCAAGGGCACCUGCGCUAUGGAGGAGCUCCAUGUUGAAGAUGGCAUGAGCGCUGUGACGGGCUCGCGCGAGCCCCAGAAGAUGUUGGUGAAAGUCUGCGACGGUAUUGCAGUCACGGCCGAUCUGAGCAAUGGGCUACGAGCUUGGGAUCUCAAGACGAAGCAGAUGGUGGCGCAAAUCAAUCUUGCAGAAGCAGAUAUAGAUGCGCCACCUACCUGCCUUGCUCUUGAUGAACAGAAGCUAACUCAGCAAGUUGUAGAUAUUGCAGUAGGCUUCCGUGACGGGAGUUUUGGCAUUUGGAGGCUUGACAUCCGGGAUCGAAGGCUAUUAAGUCGGUACCGCCAUGGGAAGUCCACCAUUGGACCACUCGCUGGCGUUGCGUUUUCGCAUCCGUAUCUUUUGACGGCUACCGAAUCUAUUUUGAUCUCGCUGUACACAUUUGAUAGGCCGAAUUCAUCAAGUACGAGCCGGAAUCAGCACGAGACAAGUUCCGAAACGGAGAGGGACUCUGAUACUAAUCUACCGGCUCCAUACCUCCUUACUUCCUUAAAAUCACAUACAUCUCAAGCCCCGCUGGCUCUGUCGAUACGGAAAACCAGGGUGGGAACAGUAGCGUCCAUUGCGUAUACAUUUGCUACAUUGCGAGGAUGGUCACUUGGUAUACAAGAUUUGCAUUUGAAGCCUUCCUCGUCAAAUUUGAAAGAUACGCCGGAUAUUACAACUACCCGGCUGGCAUAUACGUUGCCAAUAACCUCGCCUUCGUCACAUAUUCCCUCGCCACCGAACUCACCUGCAAGACCACGAGUGAGCACAAGUGCUGGAUUUGCAAAUGCAAUAGAGGACGGGCCUAUUAGUAUCUGUUAUACGCACCCCUAUCUCCUCGCGACUCUCCCGGACAAUACUCUGAUUCUAUAUCUCUGUACCUCCAAUGCAUCUUCGCUGUCCAUUUCUCCAGGAAUCCGCCUCUGGGGGCACACCUCGGGUAUUAGCGAUGCUGAGAUCACCGCGCGUGGCAAAGCAGUCAGCGUCAGCUGUCGUGGUGAGGAGAUCCGGGUAUGGGAAUUGGAGGGGCGGGCAGAUGGGCGUAGUAUCGAGGUUCGACCCACAGCUUCUGGCAGUACAAACGACGAUGCAAAUGGAACCGAAAGCCCCCAAGUCGAUUCUGCUUUCGACGAACGGCGGAACUGGGUUGGCUUCGAUGAUGAGAUGGUCAUUGUGCUCAAGGAAUCUAGAGGUCGGGAAAGUCUCAUGGUCUAUGAUUUUACAUGA